AUGACAGAUUCUUCGUCGUCUUCCUUCUUUUCUGAUUUUGGGCUGCUACUGUACUUGGAGGAGUUAAACAAAAAUGAAUUAAGUAAAUUCAAGUCAUUCCUAAAGAAUGAGACCACAGGACCCGGGAACUGCCUGAUACCCUGGACUGAAGUGAAGAAGGCCAGUCGGGAGGAUCUGGCUAACUUGAUGCACAAGCAUUAUCCAGGGGAGCAAGCCUGGGAUGUGGCUCUGAAAAUCUUUGGCAAGAUGAACCUGAAGGAUCUGUGUGAGAGAGCAAAAGCUGAGAUAAGUUGGACAGCCCAGACCAUGGAACCAGAGGACACCAUGGCUGGAGAGGCGCAAGGUGACCAGGAGGCAGUUCUGGGUGAUGGAACAAAAUAUAGGAUUCAAAUACAGGAAAAGUUUUCCCUCGUGCCGGAUGAGAAGUGUUGGCUUGGAGAACCUAAAGAUUUCCAUCAUGAGAUUGCUGAGGAAGGUAGAGAACUGCUAGAACAUUUGUUUGAUGUGGAUGUCAACACCGGUGAGCAGCCACAGACAGUGGUGCUGCAAGGGGCUGCUGGAGUCGGGAAAACCACCCUGGUGAGAAAGGCCAUGUUAGACUGGGCUCAGGGCACUCUCUAUCAGGAGAAAUUUACCUAUAUUUUUUAUCUCAAUGCGAGAGAAAUUAACCAGUGGAAAGAAAGAAGCUUUGUUGAAAUGAUAUCAACGGACUGGCCCAGCACAGAAGGCCCCAUUGAAAAUAUUAUGUCCCAGCCAAGUAGUCUCCUUUUUAUUAUUGACAGUUUUGAUGAGCUGAACUUUGCCUUUGAGGAACCCGAGUUUGUGCUGUGCGAAGACUGGACCCAGGUACACCCCGUGUCCUUCCUCAUGAGUAGUUUGCUGAGGAGAGUGAUGCUGCCUGAGUCUUUCUUAUUGGUGACAACUAGGCUCACAACUUAUGAGAAACUAAAGCUCUUGCUGAAGAAUCAGCGUUCCGUAGAGCUACUCGGUAUGUCAGAAGAUGCAAGAGAGGAAUAUGUUUAUGGGUUUUUUGAAGACAAGAAGUGGGCCUUGCUAGUAUUGAGUUUACUGAGAAACAAUGAGAUGCUGUUUAGCAUGUGCAAUGUCCCCCUAGUGUGCUGGGUCAUUUGUAAUAGUCUGGAGCAGCAAAUGGAGAAGGGUGGGGACAUCGCAUUGACCUGCAAAUCCACCACGGCUCUGUUUACCUGCUAUAUCUCCAGCUUGUUCACACAGGUCAAUGGAAGAAGUCCCGAACAAGCCCAGCUGAGGAAUUUGUGCCACUUGGCUGCCAAAGGAGUAUGGACUAUGACACACGUGUUUUACAGGGCAAAUUUCCGAAAGCAUGAAUUAAUGAAAUCUGAUGUCUCUAGUUUCCUGGACAUGAAUAUUCUUCAGAAGGACACAGAUUAUGAAAACUGCUAUGAGUUCACCCACCUACACAUUCAGGAGUUUUUUGCAGCUAUGUUCUAUAUGUUGGCAGACAGCUCGAAACUCGGGGACCAUUCCUCUCAGUCUUUUGCAGACUUGAAGCUGUUACUUGAAAGCACCAAUUGUGAACACCCCCAUUUGACGCAGAUGAAAUGCUUUCUGUUUGGACUUUUGAAUGAAGACCGAGUAAAACAACUGGAGGAAACUCUUAACUGUAACAUGUCAUUGGAGAUAAAAGGGAAGAUACUUCAGUGGAUGGAAAUAUUAGGAAACAGUGACUCUUUCAUCCAGCUGGGAUGUCUGGAGUUGUUUCACUGUCUGUAUGAGACUCAAGAUGAAGCAUUUAUAAUCCAGGCAAUGAGAUAUUUCCAAAAGGUUGUCAUUAAUAUUUGCGAGAAAUUCCAUUUGCUUGUGUCUUCAUUCUGCCUUAAGCAUUGCCAGUGCUUACGGACCAUUAAACUGUCUGUAACUGUGGUAUUUGAGAAGAUGUUAAAAUCAAGCUUCCCAGUUGAAACUUGGGAUACCUAUUACUGCUGGCAAGAUCUUUGUUCUGUGCUUCAUACAAAUGAACACUUGAGAGAAUUGGAACUAUAUCAUAGCAACCUUAAUGAACUGGCAAAGAAGAUUUUUUAUAAAGAACUAAGUCACCCAAAAUGUAAACUACAGAAGCUAUUGUUGAGAUUUUUUUCUUUUGCUGAUGGUUGCCAGAAUUUCGCCAGUUGUUUGACUCACAACCAGAAUCUGCUGCAUCUCGACCUGAAAGGAAGUGAUAUAGGGGAUGGUGGAGUGAAGUCAUUAUGUGAAGCCUUGAGACACCCAGACUGCAAACUGCAGAAUCUGAGCCUGGAAUCCUGCAGCCUAACUACACUUUGUUGUCUGAAUAUCUCCAAGAUUCUCAUCAGAAGCCACAGCCUGAUAUUUCUGAAUCUGUCAACCAAUAAUAUAUUGGAUGACGGAGUGGAGCUGUUGUGUGAGGCCUUAAGACAUCCAAACUGUCACCUAGAGAGACUGUCCUUAGAAAGCUGUGGCCUCACAGUAGCUGGUUGCAAGGAUCUCUCUUUGGCUCUCAUCAGCAAUAAAGGGCUGACACAUUUGUGCUUGGCAGACAACAUCUUGGGAGAUGAUGGAGUAAAGAUUAUGAGUGAUGUCUUGAAGCAUCCACAGUGCACUCUACAGAGCCUUGUGCUGCGGCGUUGCCAUUUCACUUCAGGUAGCAGUGAGCACCUGUCAUCUUCUCUCCGAAGCAACAAGAGUCUGACACAUCUGGAUCUGGCAUCAAACCAGCUACAAGACGAUGGAGUAAAGCUUCUGUGUGAUGUCUUUCGGCAUCCAGGCUGCAAUCUUCAGGACCUGGAGCUGAUGGGUUGUGUUCUCACUAGUGCCUGUUGUCUGGACCUUGCUUCUGCUAUUCUGAACAACCCAAACCUGCGGAGCCUGGACCUUGGGAACAAUGACUUGCAGGAUGAUGGAGUCAAAAUUCUGUGUGAAGCUUUGAGGCAUCCAAACUGUAAUAUUCAGAGGCUCGGGUUGGAAUAUUGUGGUUUGACCUCUCUCUGUUGUCAGGAUCUCUCCUCUACUCUUAGCAGCAACCAAAGACUGAUAAAAAUGAACCUGGUGAAGAAUACCUUAGGUUAUGAAGGAAUUAAGAAGUUAUGUGAAGCCUUGAGGUCUCCUGAAUGUAAACUACAAGUUCUAGGGUUGUGCACAGAGGCAUUUGAUGAGGAAGCCCAGAAGCUGCUGGAAGCUGUGGGAGUUAGCAAUCCACACCUAGUCAUUAAGCAGGAUUGUAGUGAUCAUAACGAAGAAGAUGGUUCCUGGUGGAAGUGUUUCUGAUA